AUGUGCACGGAACUGUCGGUGAGCGAUUCAGAUUCGUACUUUGAUGAGUGUACCCUUGUUUGUGCUCCGGCCUUCCGCAAACUGGUAAGCGUGCUUCGAGACCGAUCAACUGCGGCAUUGAAGAGCGCGUUUAGAAGAUACCGCGGCGGUAGGCGCUGGCAUGUGAUGAGCUCCACCGGUUUCGCACCACCUUCAAACAGACCAGAGGAAAAUAGUACAAUGAAUGGUAGAACCAGUGAAAGUGAGCCUUCGGGGCUAAAUGCGGGGCUAAGAAAAGGUAGUGUGUUCAAUAAGCCCCUAGAUCUAGACGAUUUGCUGAUUAACGAGCUCGGCCAGUUCGGCCGCUACCAAAUCACCAACCUGCUCCUGCUCUCUGUGCCUCUCAUCAUGUCGGCCUUUAUGAGCGAGUACAUCUUCUCAGCCGCAACCAUUCCACACAGAUGUCGCAUUGCCGAGUGCGGGGAAGUCGGGCAGGAUAAUUUAUUUGAACCUGCUUGGGUUUUGGACGCCAUUCCUGCAGCCGACACUAACACUGGCUUCGCGAGCUGCAGUCGGUUCCAGUCUACGGGCAAUGGAACUUUGAAUUCUUGUCCCGCCAACCUUUUCACCACUACUACCACAGAUUGCAACGGUGAAUUUGUCUACAGCAGAGACAAUUCUGUUGUAUACGACUUUAACCUCGGGUGUCAAGAAUGGAUCCGUACACUGGCUGGAACUCUCAGCAGUGUUGGUACUCUCUUGGUCCUGCCGAUCACCGGCUACGUGUCCGAUAGAUUCGGAAGAAAGGCUGCUCUCAUCAUUAGUGUGUUCAAUUUAGCACUCAUGGGAUUAAUUAGAGCAUUCUCUGUAAAUUAUCCCAUGUAUCUGGCACUACAGCUACUCCAAACUACUCUUGGUGCUGGUACAUUUAGUUCUUCUUAUAUUUUCGCUACUGAAUUCGUGGGUCCUCGUUUUCGUGUUUUGACUGGUGCUACUUGUUCGUCGAUGUUUGCUGUUGGCCAGGCGAUCCUCGGAGGAGUGGCUUGGCUCAUUCAGCCAUGGCGAUACAUGAUCAUGGCUCUGCACAUUCCUUGCUUCCUCAUCUUAGGAUACUACUGGCUUGUAGACGAGAGCGUCAGGUGGCAGUUGUCGAAGGGAAAAUAUGCUGAAGCAAAAGCGACAUUAGAAAUUGUAGCACGCGUCAACAAAAAACAAAUUAGUGAAAAAUCAUUCCAUGCCCUGAUGAACCCGCCGCAGCAACCAGACAUAUCUGAGACCGGCGUUGAUGAGCCAACCUUGAUACAAGGCAUUUGGAGCUCAAGGGUGCUACUACGGCGAGUUUGCACCACCCCCAUCUGGUGGAUUACUACCACUUUCGUCUACUAUGGCUUCUUUACCGCCGUGUUGAUCUUAGACAGAGUUGGCAGAAAGCCUACUAUGUGCACUGGGUUCUUAUUCAGUGCUGCCUGCAAUUUCGCCUUCGCGUUCAUACCUCAAGAUCUGGCCACGGUUCGCUUGGUCAUCUAUUUGCUCGGCAAGUUCGGUAUCUCCAUGGUCUUCACGUCUUUAUAUCUAUUUACAUCUGAGCUGUACCCCACCAAGUAUCGCCACAGUCUGCUAGCAUUCUCCUCGAUGGUUGGACGAAUUGGGUCCAUCACAGCCCCGCUCACUCCUGCACUUAUGGAGUACUAUGCUGGCAUUCCGUCAUUAAUGUUUGGAGGUAUGGGUAUUCUCUCGGGUAUCCUCGUCCUUACGCAGCCCGAGACUCUUGGGACCAAGAUGCCUGACACGCUGGCGGAAGCUGAGGCCAUUGGAUCGCCAGAAUCCAUGAGACAACCCGCGUGA